CAAGGCUAGGACUCUCCUGGAUCCCCUCCAGCAAGCCCCCGCUCUCUGCUCAUCGCUCGCCUUCUCCUCCGCAGGUCGCCCACCGCCGAGGCACCAUGUUCCCCCGGCUCUCCUUCUUCCACCAGUGGAGCUUCGUGGUCUUCCUGCUCAGCCCCUGCCUCCCCUCUUCGGGGAAGUCCCUGGAAGGGAGCAGCCGCAGACUUAAAAGGACUGUAUCAGAAUACCAGCUCUUACAUGACAAAGGAAAGUCUUUUCAAGAUAUACGAAGAAGAAACUUCCUGCAAAAUUUAAUUGAAGGUGUAAACACAGCUGAGAUCCGAGCUAUGCCAGAGGUAUCACCAAAUCCUAAACCUGCCACCAUUGCAAAGAACUAUGCUGUGCGGUUUGGCAGUGAUGACGAAGGCAAAUACCUGACUCAAGAGACCAACAAAACUCAGAUGUACAAGGAACAGCCUCUUAAGACACCAGGGAAGAAAAAGAAAGGAAAGCCUGGGAAACGUAAGGAGCAAGAGAAGAAAAAGAGAAGGGUUCGUUCAGCCUGGCUAAACUCCAGAGGAUCUGGGAGUGGAAUUCUACAAAUCCCCCUCUUGGACACCUUGGCUACUGCACAUAUUAACACAAGAGUGGGACCAGGAGCAUAGAUUUUCCUGGAGAGCUUGCAAUACAUAGAGAAGAAGAAAGUCAAAUUUAACCUGCUGGAAAAAAGUGGGCAAAGUAAUCAGAAAAAGCCAAAUUGUCAGUGCUCCUUUGAAGAGAAUUCUGCCUGUGACAUGCAUGUAACUGCACUGGACUGUUUGAAACAAUAGUCACUUUGUGUGCAGUACCCAAACCAUGGCAAGAGACACUGGAGUUCCUAGUGAAGGGUUGCAACUUCUGGCAUGAAACAAAAAAGAGGGCAGUCUGUACCUCUCUCCCACUUUUUUGUGACAUUUACAUGUUUUAUCCAUUUCAAAUUAUGUUCUAAUUGAAAGAAAGGCAAGCACUGCGUAACUAGGAGGCGUUGACAUCUUCAGCUGAGAUAUUUGGAAAACACAUUGCAGUAUUCUGUAAUAGUGAACAUAUGGAAAGAGUUAGAAGUAUUUAUUAUCUGUAAAUAUUGUAAAUGUAUCAAAAUAAAAACUUGGCCACAGAUGCUUUCCAAAACUGCACAUCUGAACAUUGUGAAUAGGGGGGGGGGAUUUUUGUGCUAUGACAAUUCUUCUUGUCACAUUUACCAUAAUUUAUUUUGUUGAAUAAUGUAUUUAUUUCCAUGAACUUUUAUCUUGGUGCUGCUGACUUCUAUAUUUUUGUAACAUAAUGCACUUUAGAUAUACAUGUCUUAAUAAGACAUAAAUAAACUAUUCCUGGUUUUUAAAUCUGUUUAAUGAGUUGCCCCUGUAGAAUGGUUUCAAUGUGAUUUUCUUCCAUGCAUGUAUAAAA